UUUUUUUAUAACUUAUAAAAUAAAAAUUUAAGCAUAAAUGAGCUCUAAUCUUGAAUUAAAAGACAAUCGCGUUCCUAGUUUCAUUCCUUAUGACAGUGAUCCUGUUAAUAAGAAAGUAGUAAAAAGAAAAAGAGAAACAAAAGCUGAAAAUAAACCCAACAAGAAAGUAGUAACGAAGAAAAAGACUGGAGAUAAAAUUACAAAAAAUAAGUCAACCGCAUCUCAGAUUUGGGUUGGGGCCAUUAUGGAUGAAACAAAUGGAGCUUUUGGUAUUUAUUUUGGUGAAAAUGACGAACGCAAUUAUAGUGAAACUUAUGUGAAAGAUGCGGGAAACCAGCAAGAUUUAGAUUAUGCUUAUGUAUUGGGAACAUUAAAAGCUAUUGAAAUAGUGAAAGCCAUUGAAUAUCCUUUCAUAGUAAAUACAUCUUGUAGAGAUUUACCAAGAGCUAUUACUGGUAAAGGUAGCUUCUUAAAUUAUGAAGGUUUAGUAGAUAAAAUCCGUGAUUUAAUCAAAGAAAGAGAUCAAGAAGUGCAAGUGCGUCAUAUUUCAGGAAGAAAAGCACCUGAGGAACAAAAAGUAGCUAUAAAUCUCGCUUCUGAAGCUUUAACAAAUCACUAUAAACAAUGUCAAGAAGCUAACAAGAAUGAGGAUAAAUCAGAAGAAGAUAUCAUUAUGACUUCUGCCCUUGACGUUAAUACAGAUGCAGUAGCAGUAGCAGUGGAAUCACCUGUUUUGAUAGAUGAGAACAAAAAUACAAUUGCAGAUAGUAAAGAGGAAGAACAGGUUAACGAUGAUAAUUCAAAGGAAGAAGAAAUGAUUGAAAAUACACAUGUUCCUGAAACAACAAUUGAUGAAUCUGCUUCUAUUAAAGAAGAAGCAGAAAACAGUGAUACUACUACUAAAGAAGAAGAUCAAGUAUCUUCUUCCUGGUUAUCUUCUUUUAGUCUUAAAAAUAUUUUUAAUAUGCUAAGUUCGCAGUUUAAUAGAAAUCGUACCUCUUCUUCAUAAUUCAAGAAACAAUAAAUACAGCAUCCUUAUAUAUAUAUCAUUUUAAAAAGUCUAUUAUUAAAGAGUUUGAAAAGAGCUUGAAUAGUGCUUUAGGAUAAUUUAAAUCUUAAAUGUAAUAGACCUAUGCCCAAACAAAGCUAUAAAAGACAGUCCCU